UAUGUUAUUUCACCUUCACCUCACCUCAUCCCACACAUGCUAUAAAUGAAAGGGUUGCUUUCCCUUGAUCGAGUAUUCACACAUCACACCCACAUUGCUUCCCUUCUCUCUGUGUCAGUGACACACAUUGCAAAUCCACCGCAUCGCACCAGGAUAAAAGUUGUUUAAAGUUGGGAAGCAAAGAUGAGUAGCUCAUCAAGGCCGGUGCCGAGGAGAGAGAGUCCAUGGGGAGUCACCGGAGAGAAUCAUCCUGAGCCCAAAGCUCACCGCUGCAAUGACCGUGUCGAGGAUGUUAUUCAGGCUUGCUUUGAGGGAAACCCAUUCAAGACUGUUCCAGGACCCUUCAAGCUCUUCUGGCAGUGCAUGCGUUCAAAACCCGGUGAGGAACCAACAGAGCCAUUUACUUAUCUGGAUUUGGAGCCUCCAAAGAGAGAAACGAAACCUGUGAAACCUGAGUAGUGUCACUUUUACGUACAAAUGCCUUUUGCAACUUUGGCACUGCAUAGUCCUUUAGUGGUUUCUAAAUUUCCCUCCGUGUUGAUUUUUUUUGGGAAAAAUAUGUAACUAAAUUGUUUUUGUUGUUUACUUUGCUACAUAAAACAGACGUCCUAUGCCUCUUUGUUCUGGUCUUUGAUGGUACUUGCUCAAUAAAGCAUGGCUAGGUGCGUUCUUGAAUAACUUGUAUGAUAAUGUUAGAUGUUACAACAACAUUAAUUAAUGUUCUGCUGGAUUAGUUUUAUUUUUCGAUACGUAUGUGUAUCAAAUUCCAAUUUUUCUUGGUGUAAAUUUAAAAUGAAGAAUUAUUCUUUC